AAAGCAAAAGGAAGAAGAAGCAGAAAAACAAAAAGAAGCAAAAGAAAGGCGCAGCUCAAAAACCAAAGUCAAAAUCCGAAUUUGUUGCAGAACUAAACUUAAGUUGAACCUAUUUAAUCCGUCUGGGCAUGCUUUAGAGUCCGGGGAAGUCCCCACCGAGUGAUUGUCCGUUUGCAAGAGAGACCCGUUCGAGUUGUAAAUUAAAUUCGCCGAACCAGCGAGAGAUACUUCGAGAAGUCCUAAAGCCAUAUAGCCACCAAAAUGACCAAUCUGGAGAAGCAGCACGAGAUGGUUAGGCGCAGCCUGGUGCAGUUCAUCAGUGGCCACAUUCCCGGUGCCGAUUUCAGCGUCGUAGACGAGAUCGUCCUGUCGUACAUCAUCUCCAUUCUGGAGGAGGCCUCGCAGGAUCCCUGUUUCGAUGUGGAGGGCUUCGUGGAGAUGAUGGGCGCCUACUUCGAGGACUUUCCAACCAUCGACCAGGGCGUCAUCUGCGAGUGGAUCUAUAAGCUAGCCAGUGAGCUGAGCGCUGUGGAGAAGAACCAGGGCAGCCUGGACGCUGUCAACUUGUCGCUCAGCUCUCUGACCCUGUCGGGCAUCAUUCCUGAGUCCAAGCUGCGUGCCCGCAACUCGUCCACUUCCGAAAAGGACGAGUUGUCCUCGAACAGCAGCAGCAGCGGCGGUGGCGGCAGCAACAAGCGAUCGCAGCAUCUGUCGGAGACCAGUGAUGGCGGCUCCACCGACAGUUCCAGCUCCACAUGCGACUACUUUUUGGACGAGGCCGAGGUGCUACAGGAGAUGUUCCCCGACGCAGCUUAUGCUGAGAUCAAGCACUGCAUCGCUAUCUCCAAGGGGGACAUCGAUAGCGCCACUCAGAUCCUGCUGCACCGCCAGGAGACCAACCAAAGCAUUACGGAUAAGUCGCAUACUGGAUAUGUCAAGAAGAAUGUGGUGGUUGACGAUAAUGAGCUAAAGAAUCGUAUUAUCGCCAGAUACUCGUAUGUGGACAAGAACGCUACCCAGCGCGAAUACAAGCCGGUGGUGCCCAAGAUGGAGCCACGCAAGCUGGUCCGCUACCGGGACAACAAGAUAGUCUCGCUCAAGGGCGAGCGCUACACCGAGAUCAAGCGUGACGAAGAUGCUGAGUUAAAAAAACCCAAGAAGCAGAUUCAACCGUAACUAAAGAGGAACAAAACCCUCUUCAAGUAUUUUAUCAAGAAAGAAAUUAAUCCACACCCAAGUAUCUUAUCCGCACCCACGACACCGAUCUUCGCCAGCAGCAGCAGCAUUAGCAGCUGCAACAGCCUCUCAAGUAAUAGCAGCAGCAGUAAUCCCCUUCCCGAGCACAUUUUAUGCAAUCAAAUGCAUAUCGCUGGGAUGAUCAACGCCAGGAGCCAUGUCAGCAGCCAUCCCGAGUCCAAACCAGUGAUCCCAGCCCAGCUUAGCCAACGUUUACAUGCUUCCCAACACAACGACGAUGAUGAUGAUGAUGAUGAGGCACGAGAGCCCAGACACAAAGACGAUAAGCAGCCACCGAGCACAGUGAAUCGGUUCCCAUAUUCGAGUGAGUACGGCCAGGACUAUGUUGUGGCAUCGGCCGGCCUGUUGGUGGCACUAAUGCUAGUUGGCCAUUGGCAUUGGUCCUCUCAUCACGCCCAUCAUCAGCCCCUUGACAAAGACAGAAAGACUUUACAUACCAAAUUAGUUGAUAGUUAUGCUUUAGGACUACUCGCUUAUGCAAAUUUUGAGAGCCCGUCCGUCGCGGCGGCUGCCUGCUUAUGAGUCCCGUUGCCAGGAGCAGGUGGCCCGGAUGGAUCUGGACUUAGAUCCGGCACCGGGGUAGUUGCCAGUCGUCGCUUAUGACGACUGGGGUCGCGCCUGCGCUGUGACCUCUCCUCAGUUCCUUACGCAAGCGAAUUCGAACCGUAUCUGUGAAAAUCGUGAAUCUCAAACUCUUAAAUGCCCUCAAACAGUAUUGUUGCCCCUGAACCCUGAACCCAAGGAACAGCCGCAGGUGCGACACCAACCCGAAUUUGGCGCUCAAAUAGACUUAUUUAGACGUUUUUAGGUACUCGAAUUAAAUUGAAUUUUGUUGGCCGUGUGCGUGUUUCAGAAACGCAGCAGCACAAGAACCUUGCCAUAUCUGUUUAAGAUUUGUUAACCCAUUUGAUAUCGUAACACGUAAUACGUAACUCGUACAGUUUUGUUUACCCUGGUCCAAGCAAACUAGCAACAGUAAUCAAGCCACCAAAGCCGCAAGCAACACAAACUAGUCCUCGCCGCCCACUGCGAUAUCUGGAACCCAUAACCAUUCGGCUGCUGCUCGGCGGAAGACAGCAAUACUAACAGUAAUCUAAACGUAUUCAGCGUACACACACACGUAUGAACUAAUCAAAUAAUCAAAUAUUUAUAUAGCCGUAGCCUAGCCCCCAGAUCCUUUCCGAAUAUUGUAACGAUUGUGACCUAUCCACGAUUCAUGUUAGAUGUAAGCCAGCGUCCCCCACGAUAUUGUUCGGCAGCUUUCAAUUUGUCGCUUUUUGUUUGAGACAAAAGAUAUAUCUAAACUUGUUCGUAUACUCUUUUAUGAUUUCACCUAGGUUUUAAGUUUUAACUAACCUUCCGACCACCGUUUUAUGUUAAUGUAACCAAUUGCAUUUUAAGCAUUCGACUUUAUUUAAGCCACCACAAACGAUCGGUGUUUCAACCAUCACACGUACGUAUUCGUAUUUAUGUUUAACUUGGUUUCGGUUCGAUUAUAAAAUCGUUUACAUUUUUAGUUUUGUAUAUUAUUUUUGUGAUAUUAGCAUAAAAUCAACUUUAAACAAAAGGCAAAACACUCGAAUUAAACUUUUGAAAUUAUUAAAUAAACUACUAUCAAUAUUUAACGCA